GUUUUGAGGAGGGCCGAUCAGGACACACCCUUGUAUUGUACAAGCAUCACAUGACUAAUAGUUCCACCUCAAAUAGCGCCUCUCAGUUCAGCUCACGGCAUUAACCUGCACCGCCUCUGUGUUCAUUUCUCAAACUCUAAUCAUUAACUCACACAAGAGCUGGAGCUUUCAAACGUUUCAAACUAAUCGUAGGAAGAAGACGAGUCUAAAGCAUCGCACACGACUGAGGUGAGACACUGUGAUCUUCAUCAUGAAGGAUUCAUGGACUUUCUGUUUCACACCCAGAGCUGUGAUUUUGAGAUCCAACAGCAUUUGUGCUUUGUGAGAUUGAUGAUUAAUGGUGGCGAUAACUGCGCAGAUAAGCAGCACUAAAGUCAACAAGUCCAAAAGUGAACAUCAAACUGAGUGACUGACAUCAUGGAUCAGAAUGAGGAAGAGCAGAGAGACUGGAAAGAACUGGAGCCGACUCACGAGGUGAAGGUCUUCCUCACAGUGCUGUACAGUCUCAUUCUCAGCCUUGGCAUUGUGGGAAACAGCGUCACCAUUCAUGUGGCACAGGUGCUGCAGCGGAACGGCUACCUGCAGAAGAAUGUGACGGAUCACAUGGUGAGCCUGGCCUGCUCUGAUCUGCUGGUGCUGUUGAUCGGGAUGCCGGUCGAGCUCUACAGCGCCAUCUGGUUCCCGUUCAUGUCCUCGUCUGGCGACGCCGCCUGCAGGAUCUACAACUUCCUAUUCGAGGCGUGCAGCUAUGCCACCAUCCUGAAUGUGGCUACGUUGAGUUUUGAGCGUUACCUGGCCAUUUGCCACCCGUUCCGCUAUAAAGCCUUGGGCGGCAGUCGAACGAUGAAGCUCCUGUUGUUCGCGUGGCUCUGCUCGGCCCUCAUCGCUCUGCCGCUGCUCAUCGCCACAGGAACCGAAGGGUACGUACCCGAAGGCCGCCAGAUGCCAGUGCAGAACCUGACCUUCUGCACCAACCUGAGCCAGCACUGGGUCAUGUAUCGCACCAGCAUCUUCACGGCGUUCGUGCUCUAUCUUCUCGUCCUGGUCGGCGUGGCCUUAAUGUGCAGAGCCAUGAUUGUAGUUCUUCGGGCCCCAAUGGGGCCUAAUGAAGCCGGCACAAAUGGAGCUGGACGGGACACUCCCAAACACGAGAGCGCCCGUGUGAAAGCAUCCCGUAAACAGACCAUCCUCUUCCUGGUGCUGAUCGUCUGCGCUCUGUUCGUGUGCUGGAUGCCAAACCAGAUUCGCAGGCUAAUGACAGCAGCGUUGCCCAAGAAAUCGUGGACCGCAAGUUACCUGAGCAGCUACGUGAAGCUGCAUCUGGUGGCCGACAGCUUCUUCUAUCUGAGCUCGGUGCUGAAUCCGCUGCUGUAUAACCUCUCCUCGCGCCAGUUCCGCUCUGCUUUCUGGCAGACGCUCUUAUGCCGUCUGUCUCUUGUGCAUGUCAACAGAAGAACACUGGAAAGCAGUCAAGCCUCAAAGAGCUCCAGGCACACAUUACACCCCCUGCUGCGGCGAUCUUUAAACCGCAUACGGACAGCCACCAGUGACAGAUCGACGCCUCAAUCAUCAGAAGAGAGACAAAGUACUCCGAACCCCACAGACUGGCCACCGAGCGCAGAUGCGCUGACCUCUGAACCACAGGAGGAGGAGAGAAAUCAAGACAGCACACUACCUAACACUAACUGAUGAACAAACUAACUAAUGAACAAACUAACUGUAACUAACUGUAGACCACAGUAGAACACUGAAGACUGCUGUAGACCAGUGUAGAAUACUGCAGACCACUGUUGGCCACUGUAGACCAGUGUAGAUCACAGCAGACCACUGCAAACCACUUUAGAACAUUUUCUAGAAUGCUGAAGACCACUGUAGAUCACUGCAAACCACUGUUGACCACUGUAGAACACUGCAAACCACUGUUGACCACUGUAGAACACUGUAGACCACUGUAGAUCACUUCAGACCACUUCAGACCACUGUAGAUCACUGCAAACCACUGUUGACCACCGUAGACCACUUCAGACCUAUGUAAAUCACUACUGCAGACCACUUCGGACCACAGUAGACCACUGUUGAUCACUGUAGACUACUUCAGACCACUGUAAAUCACUGCAGACCACUGCUGACCACUGUAGAACUCUGUAGACCACUGUAGAUCACUGCAAACCACUGUUGACCACUGUAGAACAACGUAGACCACUUCAGACCUAUGUAGAUCACUACUGCAGACCACUUCAGACCACAGUAGACCGCUGCAGACCACUGUUGAUCACUGUAGACUACUUCAGACCACUGUCAAGUCAAGUCACCUUUAUUUAUAUAGCGCUUUUUACAAUGUAGAUUGUGUCAAAGCAGCUUUACAUUGAUAACUGGUACAUUAUUUGGCUGCACAGCAGCUCUUAAAGAAUAGUGUCAAUGCAGGCAGAUCAAAGCACUGUUGAAUAUCAAAUGUCAAGUCAAAUGUCAAGUGUCCCCAACUAAGCAAGCUCACUUCAGACCACUGCUGACCACUGUAGAACACUGUAGAACACUUCAGACCACUAUAGACCACUGUAGAACACUGUAGAACACUGUAGAACACUUCAGACCACUAUAGACCACUGUAGACCACUGCUUACCACUGUAGAAGAUUGUAGAACACUGUAGAAUACUGUACAGACCACUGCAAACCCGCUUUAGUACAUGCGGUGGAAUGCUGAAGACCACUGUAGAACAGAUGCCAGAGUUUGCAAACUUUAAUCACGAUGCAGGACAAGCAGCAGCACAUGGGUCAAAUGUGAAAUAAGAACGAGAGGCCAAGAAACUAACCCUAAUGAAACCAGGAAAAGCUCAGAAUUACAAUAAAGGCCACAUAAAACCUGUUUAAUAAUGUUUCAGGAAACAAACAUUUUUAAACAGAGUCAUCUCUAUAAGUGUUUUCAUUCCCAUUCAUCUCAAACCUUCACUAUCUCUCUAUCUAUCUAUUUUUUAACUGUAAGAAAUGAUUGUAAAGAAAGAUUAUUGGAGGAGUUUUUACAAGAAACACUAUUUCAGUCUUUCUACUUAAAAAACAACAACCCACAUUUAAUUCCUCGUGUUACUUGUCUUUCUUUUUAUAUUGAAAAUGGAUUCAUAGUAAAUCCUACACCAAUGUUUUUUUCAGUGUAUCUAUCUAUACCAGGGUUAUUAUCAUUAACUGAAACUAAAAUUAAAAACUAUACAGACAAUUUAAAAAAGCAAAAACAACAAAAAUGACAACUUGAACCAAAAGAACACCAGAUAAGCUUGUGCCGUGCACCUGCCUGAUUUACAGCUAUCAGUCUGUUCAAAUAUCUUACCAAAGAUAGCUGUGAUUAAAGGAUAUUAAUUAUUAUAGGCUGUAAAUAUGGCUCAUUUUCAUAUGGAUUCCUUCAUUGUUUGAUCAUUCAAAAUAAAAAGUGGUUAAACAUUAA